AUGGAGACAUCUGGGCUGGAGCUGCAGCCGAGGGACAUGUCUGGGUGUGUGGCCCUACUGCAGCCAGUGUCUGCAUUGAUGUCCAUGGCUCCUGUUACCACCAAAGGCUCUGCAGAUGCUCGGGUAAAUCCGAUAUUCAUUCAGAUGGCUGUUCCUAAGAAAAUUUUACAAUGUAAUAAUAGUGUUUGGCCAGCAGGUGUCACAGUGGACAGUAGUCAUGAGUGCCGAGUGUGCGGGGUCACAGAAGUGGGUCUCUCUGCAUAUGCAAAGCACAUUUCUGGCCAGUUGCACAAAGAUAAUGUUGAUGCCCAGGAAAGAGAAGAUGGUGGAAAGGAAGAAGAAGAAGAAGAUUAUUUUGACAAGGAACUUGUUCAGUUAAUACAGGAAAGAAAAGAACAAAGUCGACAAGAUGAGCCUUCCAGUAACAGCCAAGAAAUAAACUCGGAUGACAGGCAACCCCAGUGGAGACGCGAAGACCGAAUCCCUUACCAAGACAGAGAGAGCUAUAAUCAGCCAGCAAGGCAUCAUCGUGGACCUCCGCAGUGGGACUGGAAAUGGGAAAAGGAUAGCUUUAAUAAUAGUAGGAAAAGUAGCUUUCCACAUUCUUUGAGGAAUAGUGGUGGGCCAAGAGGAAGUUCUGGGUGGCAUAAAGGUGCUCCAAGAGGCUCUUCAAAUUGGUUCCAUAAUCACAGUAAUUCUGGAGGAGGUUGGCAUUCGAACAGUGGAAUGGUGGACUGGAAUUAUAACGGUGCAGGAAGGAAUUCCAGCUGGCAUCCUGAAGGAGCAGGUGGCUUUUCCAGCUGGCACGGGAGCAGCAGUCACGGAAACUGGAAAUCCAGUGUACGUGGUACAAAUAGUUGGAAUUACAAUGGCCCUGGAGACAAAUUUCAACAAGGCAGAAACAGAAACUCUAACUACCAAAUGGAAGACAUGACCAAGAUGUGGAGCAAGAAGUCUAAUAAGCCAAGCAAGUACAACCAAGAGAGAUACAAAUGGCAGUGGCAGGACAGCGACAAGGCUGCUAAAUACAGAAGCCCUUCCGAGGGGCUCGCGGGGGAGAAAUUCCCUGCCGCCGAAGGCUUGCUUGAGUUCAACUUUGAGCAGCGAGAAAGUCAGACGACUAAACAAACAGACGCAGCGGUCUCAAAAAUGAACGGAAAGAGUGCCAACAUGGCACGGGAAAAGUUCCGCCGCUGGGCACCUUACCCUGCCCAGAAGACUCCAGAUUUACAGUCAGCCCUGAAGGAAGUCACUGGCAACACGUCAGAAACGAUUGACAAGCCUCUCUUUAAUUUUAGCUUAAUAACUGCAGGAAUGCAAGAACCGAUUGAUAAAACAAGUAAUCCCCCAAUGCUAAAAACACAAAAGGAAAUACAUCCUGGAUCUCCCAAUCACAAAGCCAUUCCUGAUGUCACUGCUUUAUAUGAGGGGGUGAGAGCUUGCCCCAUUACUGAACAGUCUGAGCCACAUCGUAAGUCAAAUAAGAUUCCAUUAUUAAAAUCCCCGCUCCUUCCAACUCCUAAAUCAGGCCCUCAUAAGCAUAAUUUAAAGAACCGCUCAAAAAACAAUGAAACAAAAUCUUUUUCUCCUGGAGAUUGCUCACGUCUCUUGAACAAAUCCCCUUUAGAAGGUAGCCAUGGUUCUUCCUGCAUGUCCGAGUCACAUGGUUUAGGUCCUCCUGUUUUAAAGGGGAAUAAAACUGUGUCAGGCACCGAAAAAGACCCUGAUGAGAAGUUAAAUGACACAUCACAGAAAACCCAGGAGGCGCCCCAGUGUUCCAAAGCACCCCGAAAGCCACUUGUUAGCAAGUCCAAACGGCCUGAGAGCCAUGCAAAAGAAAGAAGGAGUGUAGAAGAGUCAGCCGAAGACUCUGUGAACGUUGAGUUUCAGGCACACUCAGCUGAAAACGAUAGUGCAACAUCUGAUCCAGAAAAGCAUGGUAUCAAAAGUGGAGCUGUGGAUUUGGCAACUACAGAGACUGUGUCCUGUAGCAUGCACACUGUGGAUAAGGAACCAGGGAACCAGAUCCUGGGAACAUCUGGGAACCUUUCCACCUCCCCCCAUAAUUCCACAGUUCCCCAGAAGGAGCCUGAGUUACAGGUGACAGCAGCAGCCGGGCCACACACUGGCUUACUGCUAGACUUGAAGACCUCCCUGGAGGAUGCACAGGAUAACAGCCUUGUUAAGUCUGAUGGACCUUUUGAAACAGAAAGCUUUGAGGGUACUAGCUUGGAUGCAGAGCUUCAAAAAGAUAUCAAUAAUCAGCCCCCAGGCACACUCCUUCCCGAACUAAGUAAACUUGGUUUUCCCGCCUCACUCCAGAGAGAUCUGACCCGGCACAUUAGUCUGAAGAGCAAAACUGGAACACAUCUUCCAGAGCCAAAUCUCAAUAGUGCUCGACGUAUUCGAAAUAUUAGUGGCCACCGAAAGAAUGAAACAGAGAAGGAGUCUGGGCUUAAGCCAACUCUACGACAGAUUCUAAAUGCAUCAAGGAGAAAUGUCAACUGGGAACAGGUCAUUCAACAUGUAACCAAGAAAAAGCAAGAGCUGGGCAAAGGUUUACCCAGGUUUGGCAUAGAAAUGGUACCUUUGGUUCAAAAUGAACAAGAAGUCUUGGAUUUAGAUGAGGAACCUGAUCUGUCCAGCCUGGAAGGAUUCCAGUGGGAAGGUGUUUCCAUUUCCUCAUCCUCUGGCUUGGCGAGAAAGCGAAGCCUUUCUGAAAGCAGCGUGAUCAUGGACAGGGCUCCUGUGUAUAGCUUCUUUAGUGAGGAAGGUACCGGCAAAGAAAAUGAACCCCAGCGUAUUAUUUCACCUAGUAACACAUUGAGUGCUGCCCAGAGUCAAAAGGAGGCCGUGUAUCUUGAACAGGAAGUGGUGCCUCUGACUCCCUCUGUCAGAACAGGUGGAAGGGCUGGAAACAUUCCUACCCAAAGGCGACAUAGUGCACAGUCACCAUCUGAUCAUGUGACACCUUUCACGCACUCGGCCAGAGGCCUGCACAGCCAGGAGAGGUCUACACCACCGCUGGAGUACCAUGCCCAGGAGAGCAGUGGAGAAGGGAACUCACUCUCAUCAAAUGCGUCUUCAGUUCACGCGGUCUCCAGCUUAGCAGACGCAGCCACUGACAGUAGCUGUACCUCUGGUGCUGAGCAAAACGAUGGCCACAGUGUUAGAAAGAAGCGAAGAGCCACCGGGGAUGGAUCUUCCCCUGAACUACCAAGUCUUGAGAGAAAAAAUAAAAGAAGGAAAAUUAAAGGAAAGAAAGAACGUUCUCAGGUUGACCAGCUACUGAAUAUUUCCUUAAGAGAGGAAGAGCUGAGCAAAUCACUGCAGUGCAUGGACAGCAACCUCCUGCAGGCACGCGCGGCACUGCAGACGGCCUAUGUCGAAGUUCAGAGGCUGCUCAUGCUCAAGCAGCAGAUAACUAUGGAGAUGAGUGCACUGAGGACUCACAGAAUACAGAUUCUACAAGGAUUACAAGAAACGUAUGAACCUUCUGAGCAGCCAGACCAGGCUCCCUGUAGCCUCACCACACGAGAACAAAGGAAUAGCCGAUCUCAGGCCUCUGUUGAGACCACACUGCUGCCUACUCCCUUUUCCCUAGGGUUUCUAGAGCCACCUCCUUGCCAUGUGUCUCCACCGUCCACUGAAACCCCUCUCCAGAUAACCGCAUCUUCUUUCCAAGUCCAUGGUACUGUCCCUGAUUCAUCAGUUCAGAUUAAACAAGAGCCCAUGUCUCCUGACCAAGAGGGGAAUGUGAGUGCUGUGCCACAAGGCUCUGCUUCCAAUGUGUCCAAGGAAUUACUGCAGACUAAUAGUAAGUAAGCUUUUCUCUUGAGUUCAGGGUGUUCUGAAGGACAGUUAUAAAGCCCAUUAAAACAAAAUCACACAUAGUGCUGCGUGCUGCUAAUCCAGCACCUGGGAGGUGGACACAGGUGGAUCUCUGAGUUAGAGAU